AUGCGUUCCUCUUUCCCGGUUCCGAGCAGGGAAGGGGCCCCUCUCCUGCCAGCCCCCUCCGGUUGCUCCUCCCCAGUCGCCGUGGAAGCUGCUACUGCUGCGCGGCGGCCGGCGCUCCCCUGGGUCUUGGCUUCUGACGUGAGAACCGGACAAGACACCUGCUGCUGCUGCUGCUGCUGCUGCGCGGCUGGUGCUCCCAGCCUCAUCGAGUAUUGUGCGGCAGUGCAGGAGCUGACCAUCCUCUGUCUGAUCGCCGAGGGGCUGGGCCUCGACGGCGGCUUCUUCGCCGGCGACCUCAGCGGCGGCGACACGCACAUGAGCAUCAACUACUACCCGCCGUGCCCGGACCCAACCGUCACGAUGGGCCUAUUCGCGCACUGCGACCGCCACCUCCUCACCGUGCUUUCCCAGGCAGACAUCGCUGGGCUACAGGCAAGGCACGGUGAAAGGUGGCUCCUCGUCCACCCCAUCCCCGGCGCAUUCGUCGUCAACUUUGGCCACCAGAUGGAGAUGGUCACCAACGGGGUGCUGGCCAGCGUGGAGCACCUCGCCGUCACCAACUCCGCUGUGGCGAGGAUGUCGAUGGCCACACACGUGAACCCCACCGGCCACACACGUGAACCCCACCGACGGGUGCCGCAUCAGACCGGCGCCAGAAAUGAGGCGAUGAAUCCGGCCAAUACUAAUUAA